CAGGUUUCAGUUUGAGAAUCAGUAAAACGCAUCCUGUGAGACGGAAGAUGAUUUUAACUGUGAAUAUGAAUAGAACUUUUUUUUUUAUAAACCUCGUUGAGAGCAUGGAAAUAUAAAAUAGGUGGGUCUUACACAGCUGUGGGAGGAAUUGCAAACCGGAUGAAUAGGUCAGAAGUUUUCAGUAGAUGCUUUUAUUAGAUCAUACGUUUAGUGAACGUUUAGUUUAAUAAAAUAUUUCACAUGUUUUUGCUCUGUUUUUGCUGGUGGCACCUGCUCGGUGUGUUUGGUGCUGCGACAAAUGAAACGCAGUCAGUGUCAGUGACGGAGGGAGAUUCUGUCAUUCUUACCGGUAAUGCUACUGAAAUACAUGAAAACGACGACUUACUAUUGACUUUUGGAACUCUAAAGUCUCUCAUAGAUAGAAUAAAAAAACCAAAACCCAACUCCACGUAUGCUGGUACCGAUGAGAGAUUCAGAGACAGACUGAAGCUGGAUCAUCAGACUGGAUCUCUGACCAUCAUGAACAUCACAACUCAACACGCUGGAGUUUAUGAAGUACAGAUUAGUGGAAAGAAACUGUUAACAAAAGUAUUUAAUGUUUCCGUCUAUGCUCGUCUUCCUGUUCCUGUUGUCAGCAGUAACUCUUCAAACUGUUCAUCAUCAUCUUCAUCAUCAUCUUGUUCGUUGUUGUGUUCGGCGGUGAACAUGGGUCACGUGACUCUCUCCUGGUACAAAGGAAACAGUUUAUUGUCCAGCAUCAGUGUGUCUGAUCUCAGCAUCAGUCUCUCUCUACCUCUGGAGGUGGAACAUCAGGAUAAAAACACCUACAGCUGUGUGAUCAACAACCCCAUCAGAAACCAGACCACACAUCUGGACAUCAGUCAACUCUGUCGUCCAAAUCCAGAUCAGGGCUUACCUUUGUUCCACAAAGUGUUGGUUUCUGCUGCUGCUGGAUCUCUGUUGAUCGUCGCUGCAGUCGUGAUGUACUCCAAGAAAUGUAGAAAAAUUGACAGAGAAGAUCAGACUUGUGAAGAAAUGAUCAUUUACGCAGAGCCAACGUUGCACAAAAGAAAAACACAAUUGAAAAUCAAAGAGGAGACCCAAGUAGAGUAUGCAUCUGUCGCCAUAAGAAGAUGACUGAAUUUUUUUAUGUGCAUCAGUCAAUGUUUAUACACUGAAAAAAUGUUAUGUAACAUACCUUGUUACCCC